AUGUCGGAGGAGUUCAUCCAGGUCUUGCGCGAUCACCCUACCGAAGUCAUACGCGAGUUCCGAGAACUAUAUCUGGAUCUUCUAGAAGAUGAUAAUGACGACUAUAUGAGUUCCAUCAAAGCCUUUCUUCAGUCUAUAGAGGACACAGAGCUCGAAGGUGCAUUCGCUGCCCAUCUGGACGGCGCGCUUCGACAACACGAGCCUUUGGAGGAGACCAUUGGUACAGUCCCAUAUUGGACCCUCUUGCAUGGGCUAUCUCGCGCAUGCCCGGACGUCGUAUGUCGAAUGGACUUCUUCACUCUGCCCAUCGCCACGGCAACUUACGUCCUUCGAAUAUUGUCCGUCAUCUGCGAGGCGUAUAUCCGUGAAGAAGACAAGUUCUCCGAAGAGGCGACGGUGUUCAAGAUGAGGACGGUCGAGAUCUGGGCUCAUGUGUGGAAUAUACGCGAGGCUCUAUCAGUCGCGAGCCAGGAUCCGAGUUUCCAAGUGAAUGUCCUACCAGCAAUGAUAAGUCUGCUCCAUCAGUCUGUCGACCUGCACACACAACGCUUCAGACGUGCGCCCCCACUAGAGUCCAAGAUGUCCCACAUCGGUCUCCUCCUCUACGUCCUCCUCCCUGAAGAACUCGAAGACUCAGCCCUGAUCCUCGGCUCCCUCCGCUGUCUCUCGCACUACGCCACCCUAGUCCUCGACGGUCACGGUCUGCGCAUGGCCACCCAACAAGGCAACGCCCUCGCCCGUUUUCCCUGGCUCCAAGGCAUAGGAUUCGAACGCAUCCUCACGCGCUUACGACACACGCUGGAGAAUACGCAGAGGCAUAUCAAGGAGGCGGGCACCGUCACGGCCUGCCUCCAUCUCGUCUGGUUCCUCGUGUGCUGUCGCGGGACGAUCGACCUCAUGAUUCAGCGCGAUAUAUUCGGGCUCGUCAAUAAGGCUCGGAGCACGUACAGCCUGUACUCUCCCCACGAUCCGGAGAUGCGGCGUGUCUGGUGCACGGCUCAUGAAAUAUUGAGAGUCAUUUACACGGACAGAUUGACAUACGGCACUCCGCUCAAUAUGGACUACACGCAGUACGUGAGCGGAGCCGACGUCGUGUAUCAUCUCUCCCAAGGUAUCGUCAUCGCUGCCAAUCACGGCGAGCUAAAGCUUGGGGCCGAGCUCGGGGAGAAAGACUACGCCCCAGCCCUAUACGAGACCAUCUCAUCGCACAUCAACUUCAUCUCUGGCCUCUCGUUCUGGUCGACAUGCCCCGAACACACGAACGGGUCCGCGAACAUGUUCAUCGCGUAUAUGAAGAAGGGCGCGCGGGAAGUGUGGUGGCAUGGGCUGUCGCUUCUACGCGAUAAGGAAGCAAGGAGCGAGGAGGGGGAGAACGGCGUUUUGGGUGGGCUCAUUGAUAUAUGGUGGGAGUUUGGGAUGGCCUUGGGGCUAGACGAAGAUGAGGAGAGGAAGCUCCAUGAGAGUCGAGAUAUAUCUGAUACGGUGGAGGAGUGA